AUGCUUCCUCCUCAAAAGAAUCCAAAAUCAUCCUUCACCAAUCCAAAGCGAACCGCUGCAGCCAUUCGGUCCGCACUCUCCACUCACCCAUCCAACAACACUAUUACUACUACUAACAUCCUACCACCACCACCACCACCUCCCGAACGUAAAUUCAUCAGUGCUGAUGCUCUAUUUGGUGAACCUCCACCAGGUUAUAUUCCCGGUGCAGGUCGAGGUGCAACAGGAUUUACCACUCGGAGUGAUAUUGGUCCUGCGAGGAUUCCUUCAAGCCGAUUUGAUUCUUCAAGAAGUGGUGGUGGUGUCAAUGAUUUUAUAAAUUCAUCAACAGCAUCCUCAACAACCAAUGAUACCAUCACGAUGGAAGAUGAUGCAAUGAUCAAUUCAUCAUCUUUUGAUGAAUGGAGUGGUUAUGGUGAUAACACAUUAGGACGUGUGACAGGAAUUGAAGAUGAAGAAGAUCGAGAAGCAGAUGCCAUAUGGGAUCAAGUCGCACAACGAUUGGAAUCAAAAAGAAAAAAGAAAAAAUUAACUCCAUUGGAUGCAUCAUCUUCAACAACAACACCCACCACUACUACUCUUACUACAAACAUCUCUCAAUCACCAUCCAAUCAACCCUCUAAAUAUUCAAAAUAUUCCAUGUUAACUCAAUCUCUUGAUUCUCAAAAACCAAUGAUUGCUUCUACCUUUUCAGAUAUUAAAGAACAAUUAAAAUAUCUAAGCAAACAAGAGUGGGCAAAUAUUCCAGAAGUGAGUGGAAGUACAACUGCAUUGAAAAAUCCAAAUCGAAUGAAUCAACAAAUGUAUGAAAGAUAUACUGCUACACCUGAUCAUUUAAUAUUGGAUCAAUUCAAUACAACUUUGAGUGGUAAUUCUCUCAGUGGUGGUGGUAGUGGUGGUGUAAACUCCAUUCGAACUUCAAGUACUGGCCAAUCAGGUACUCUUACUGAUUUGAGAGCAUUGGGUGAAAUGAGAGAAUCGAUUAUUAAAACAAAAUUACAAUCAUUGGAGGAGUCUGUAGGUGGUAAAUCAACCAUUGAUCCUAAAAAUUAUAUGAGUGGACUUGAAUCACAAAUUGUAUUAGGAACAGAUCAAUAUGCUGAUAUUAAGAGAUAUAGAAAAUUAUUUAAAAAAGCAACAAAGGUAAAACCAAUGAAUGCUAGUAGUUGGAUUGGACGUGCUCGUUUAGAAGAAUUAGCAGGUGAUUUGAAAAAAGCAUGUCACAUCAUUGCAAAGGGAUGUCAUUGUGUGAAAAAUUCAGAAGAAUUGUGGUUAGAAUCGAUACGAUUACAUUUACAGUAUUAUGGUGGUGCAAGUAGUAGUGCUACCAACCCUAUGAUGAGUAAUAGUAGUAGUACAAGUAGUGGUGGUGCUGGUGGUGCUGGUGGUGCUAGUGGUGCUGGUGGUGGUACUCAUUCAUUGAUGAGUAGUACAAUGGACACCACUACUUCAAAAACACUGGUGGAUACCACCACACCCACACCCACCAUGGCACAAUCCAUUUGUUGUGAAGCUAUUGAACAUUUACCACAUUCUGUGAAAUUAUGGCUCAAAGCAAGUGAAUUAGAAAGUGAUUUGGAAAAGAAAAAGAAAAUAUUAAGGAAGGCUCUCUCGACUCAACCUCAAAGUAUCCAAUUAUGGAAAGAAGCCAUUGAAUUGGAACAAGAUGAAAAUAAUGCAAAGACUCUAUUAGAACGUGCUAUUGAAUGUAUUCCUACUAGUGUUGAAUUAUGGUUAGCAUUGGCGAAAUUAAACGAUUAUGGAAAUGCUAAAAAGAUUCUAUCGAGAGCAGUGAGCAAAUUACCCAAAGAACCUCAAAUAUGGAUCUCAGGUGCUUAUUUGGAAGAGGAACACAAUCCACACAAUGAGAGUGUAGUUCGAAAUUUAAUCAAGAAGGCCAUUGAUACUCUGAAGAAGUUAUUACAAGUGACUGCUUCAAGUACUACUACCACUACGACUACUUCUUCAAGUACUACUACCACUCAUGGCUCUCUCUCACGUGAGGAAUGGAUGGAAUAUGCCAAACAAGCUGAAAAGACUCAUCACAUUCUUACCUGUAGAGCCAUCAUUGAAGAAAUAAUUUCUUAUGGAUUGAAUGACAUGACAGAGAAAGAAAAGAAACACAUCUAUCUCAAUGAUGCUCAUGCCUGUGCAUCCCAAGGUUAUACAGAAACUGCAAGAGCCAUCUACGAUUGCGCGCGAAAAGAAUUUCCCUCCAAAAAAUCAGUCUGGUUGAAUAGUUACGAAUUUGAAUCUUGUUGUUGUGAGCGGAGUACUCCUACGAGUGCUGCACCAACAUUACUCUCCAAUGUGGGAGUGUUAACAGAUACGACUAGUACUCCUGAUACUACUACCACUACGAACACCACUACGAACACCACCACCAGCAUCACCACCACUACGAACACCACCAUUCCACACACUCCACAACAAGAACGUCUUCAACAAUUACUUUCACAAGCUACUACCAAUUGUCCUAAUUGUGAAGAUUUAUGGUUAAUUCGAGCUAAAUAUGAAUGGAAAGUAUUUAAUCAUAUUGAAAAUGCAAGACAAGUGUUAGAAGAAGCAUUUAAAACAAGUGAAUCCAAUCAAAACAAUGAAAAUAUAUGGUUAGCAUUUGUCAAGUUAGAAUUUGAAAAUGAAGAAUAUUUGAGAGCAAGAUUAUUAUUGGAACAUGCAAGAAAUCAUUUCUUGAAGAGUAGUAGUGUUGGAGGUGGUAAUAAUAGUACUAGUAAUAAUAGUACAAGUAGUAGUAGUGGUAGUAGUAGUGCAUCCAUAUGGAUUCGAUCUGCUCAAUUCGAAAGAAGAGUAUUCCAUCAUGAAUCCAUGAAAAGAAUUCUUCUUUCACAAAUUGAAAUGUACAGUCAAAAAGAGCAUCAUGACAACAAUACCACACAACCUCUUCCUCAACACGAAGAACCACUUUCACUUCAAACCACGAGUAUGGAAGAAUUCAUUCUCACUCAAGCACUUGAAAAGUAUCCAAAAGAACACAAAUUAUGGCUCAUGAGAGGACAAUAUGAAGAAGAAGUGUUAUAUUCCAAUUUGAAUGCAUUUAAUACCACAAAUACUAAUACUGCCAAUACCAUCAACACUCCUACUACUGCCAAUACCAUCAAUACCACCACCACCUCGAAUACCACCACUCUGACCACCAGCAAUUCAAAUACAACCACCUCGAAUACCACCACCACUCCAACUGAUUCAUCAUCAUCAUCACUUCAAACACUCAUUGACAAGUCAUGUAAAAUCUAUGAAGAUGGUUUGAAACAUUGUCCACAUUCCAUUCCAUUAUGGUUAUCUCUCUUUCGUUUAUAUUUUAAUCCACUGGUAUUACCAAAAUCAUUGAUGAAUAUUACCAAAGCAAGAGCAUUAUUAGAUCGAGCAUUAUUGAAGAAUCCUUCAAGUGCAUCUCUAUGGUUGGCAUUGAUGAAAUUGGAAUAUCAUCAAUCCAAUUCUCAAAUGGAUGUCUCUACUAUUUGUACUCCUAUUGCUAUGACUCCUACUUUACUCUCCACAUGUCUAGCCACCCUUUCAAAGGGUAUUCAAUCCAUUCAAUCCAUUCAUACCUCCAAAAUUGGAAAUACCAAGAAUAGCAUUGGUGUGUUAUGGUCAUUCACCAUUCCAUUAGAAAUUGUACAGAAAAGAAAGGCAGCCAUUGCUAAUGCACUCAAACACUGUGAUCGUGAUCCAUAUGUGAUUUUACAAAUAGCAUUAGAUUUUUAUAGAGAACGAAGAUUUGAAAAAGCUAAAGAAUGGUUAAGAAAAGCACUCACAGUAGAUCCCAAAAAUGGAGAUUUAUGGAUUUUAUUGUAUCGAAUGGAAUGGAGUAGUGAUUCGAGUAGUAGUACUUUAAAAAGUAUUCCAUCACAAACACAACUCACUCUACUUUGA